AUGGUGUCCGACUCUUCCCAGGUCAAGGGACCUUUACACGACCAUGGUCAGCAGCAACAACCAGUGGCCCAUCCCCAGAACGCCAGUGAGCUGCUGGCUAGCCACGUGCAGACGCUGGCAGAUAUAAAAGGCACUAGCCUGGGCCCUUGGAGUAACCACAAUCCGUUCGACGUGAACUCCUACCCCAUCACCAACCCUCACAUCAUUGACUCGACAUUCUUUCUACCGUACACCAACGAAGCCGGUGUCCAAAGAAGGAGGAGAAUAUCGAUUUCUAACGGUCAGAUUGGCCAGAUUAUCAACCACGAGGCCUUCUACGCUGACGACGACUCCUACGAUGACAUGAAUGAUGAACCUUUCAGAUAUGCUCAAUCGACUCACGAUGGAGCUCAAGCAACCCCAAAUAUGGGCAACCCCAACCCUGUUUUUCCAGACAACCGUUUGCCAGGCUACGAUCUGAACCCGCUACUGCAGCCUCAUUUUGUUCACAGACCACCUCCACAGCCAGUGAAGUUGGAGGAAAAAGAUCACAUCCCGCCUCCUCCACAACCUCCAGGAAGCUUACCAGGCCAUCCAGUACCUCUUCCACAGCAAGAUCCAGCAGGUCUGUUUAACCAGGCCCAUCCUGCGCCUCCUCCACGCCAAGAUAGCUCAGUUCCGCCCGAGGGAUCUUUGCCGGGAGAAAUCACUCCGCAUUCUGCAAUCGACGACGUGGCCGGCGUCCCGCCCCCUAAUCACCAGCUUAUUUACAAUAAUGAAGUAAUUUACUCGGCAGACAGAGGCCCAAUUCCGGGCACUGCGGCGUGGAAGAAGGAGCGGUUGUUGGAAAGAAACAGGAUUGCUGCAUCCAAAUGCCGCCAGCGCAAAAAACAGGCCCAACAAGAGCUUCAGAAUAAUAUCUCAAAGUAUGAGAAUGAGCUGAGGCAGCAGAAAGCACGUUUGAAGAAGUACGAAAAGUUAUUUGCCAUUUAUAACAAGACAUUAAGUGAAUAUUUCAGCAAGGGAGGCAACUCGAUAGAAAGCUUACGCCGGUUCGUUGGGAAGCCUAUCGACGAUAUUGAUCUCUAA